GCAGAUUUCGCCACCGGAAAAAAUACAAACUUUUCAAACUAUAUAUAAAGCAUGGCUACAUCGAAAUCUUUGCAGAUCUUCUCUUCCCACAUCUCCAGUAUUCUCCGUUGCCAAAGCGUUUCAUCUCCUUUGUUCACAAUGGGUUCCUUCUUGAUUGCCAUUACCAGUCUUAUCGCUGUAGCAAGCGCCUUCCCUUAUGGCGGUGGAAGUGCUAAUAAUGGCAAUAAAAACAUCGGCAUGAAUUUGCCAGCAAAUAUGGGAAUGAACAACGGAGCUAUGAAUGCAAUGCCCGCUAAUAUGAAUAUGGCCGCCAUGAAUAUGAUGGCAGCUAACAUGGCUAACAACAUGAUGAUGCAAGCAAAUAUGGGCAACAACAAAGGCGCCAUGAAUGCCAAUGUAGCCAACAUGAUGAACGCCGUAAACAUGGGCAACAACAUGAACACAAUGCCAGCUAACAUGAAUAAUGCUGUGAACAUGAUGAUGGCAGCUAAUAUGGGCAACAACAAUAAUGGAGCCAAUAUGGCAAAUGUGAUGAACGCAAUGAACAUGAUGCCAGCUAAUAUGGGUAACAACAAAGGAGCAAUGAACGUUAUGAUGCCAGCUAAUAUGGGCAACAACAACAAUGGAGCCAUGAAUGCCAACAUGGCUAAUAUGAUGAACGCCGUAAACAUGAUGAUGAUCAAUGGAGGAAAUAAUGGAGCUAAUGGAAAUGCAAUGAUGCCAAACAACAUGGGACCCAAUAACAACGCUGGCAUGAAUAUGAAAUCCGCCUAUACUGCCUAUUAAACACAAGUGGAUAUUGUGCCAAUAACAAACGUCCCGAGGAGCUCUGAUUUACGCCUUAUUUCAUAUUUCAUAUUUAAUAAAAUGCAUGGCUGACACA